AUGUCCUACAGAUCCUCCGCAACUACUGCGGUCUCCGCCCCCGGUAAGGUCCUUCUGACCGGUGGCUAUCUCGUUCUAGACCGCAAUUUCACAGGCACCGUCUUUGCCCUCGACGCUAGAAUUCACGUCGUUGUUGAACAGCUGCGGAAGGGCCAUCGCCGUGCCCCAUCUCAAGAGAAAGAAAACGAAGACUCAAUCGUCGUGCGCUCGCCCCAGUUCGUCGGCGCAGUCUGGGAAUACAGCAUCGCGCGGUGUGAAAACGCCGGCGGAAUUAAAGUCAUGCAGAAAAACGAGGGACGGGGCAAUCCCUUCGUCGAGACCUCGUUAAAUUUCGCCUUGACCUAUAUUAGCUACGUGGCUGAUUCCAAGGAUUUUGGCUCACUGUCGAUCACAAUCCUCGCGGAUAAUGACUACUACUCCGAAACCGCGUGUUCCAAAGCUUCAGGACAAAAUGCUGCGGGCAAGUUUGUGAACUUUGGGGUUCCUCUCCAUGAAGCACACAAGACCGGCCUCGGUUCGUCGGCCGCUUUGGUUACUGCGCUGGUGUCCGCCCUGGUCAUCCACCGUACUAUGCAACCGGAUGACAUUGGUGCUGCCCGUGACAAAUUACACAACCUCGCUCAGGCAGCCCAUUGUGCAGCGCAAGGAAAAGUGGGCUCUGGAUUCGAUGUUGCUGCGGCUGUUUAUGGCUCCUGCCUAUACCGCAGAUUCUCGCCGUCUAUUCUGGAAUCAAUCGGUGACGUCGGCACGGCUGGGUUUGAGGAACGGCUAUUCAAGGUGGUUGAGGAUGCCGAUCCCGAACACCCAUGGGACACUGAAUGUUUGGAUUUCGGCAUGACUCUUCCCCGCGGCAUGCAAAUGGUUCUGUGUGAUGUCGAAUGCGGCUCGCAAACCCCCUCGAUGGUCAAGAAAGUUCUGGAAUGGCGCAAGCAAACCCCACAAGAAGCGGACCUCCUCUGGGAUGCUCUCCAGUCGAACAACGAGCGGCUCUGCCUCGAGCUCAAACAGCUCUCUCAAAACUCCGAGAAAGGCUUUGGCGACGUCCGCGACCUCAUCCAACGCUCUCGGAACCACAUUCGCAGCAUGACCGCGAAGUCCGGGGUCCCUAUCGAACCCAAGGUACAGACCGAACUUCUUGAUGCCAUGUCCGAGGUUGAAGGUGUUGUGGGCGGCGUGGUUCCCGGCGCAGGCGGCUACGAUGCUCUAGCGGUCCUGAUCCGCGAUGACCCCGAGGUGAUUGAGCGACUAAACACGCUUUUCGCAACCUGGGAGAGCAAAGUGGACGACGACUUUGGAGGGAAGAUCGGCCAAGUCCGGCUCCUCGGAGUGCGUCACGGCUCCAGGGGCCUGGAGAACGAGUCCCUGGAGCAGUAUCGCGGGUGGUUGUAGGCGAUCACUGGAAGAGAACGAAAUCUACCUGACCGGCCUUCCCUUCUUAAUUGUGCAUUUCCCCCCCCCCCUGCUUCCUCUCUUCCAAUGGGUGUCUGUGUCUGUGUCUUACGAGGAACGACUCUAACGAAGGACACGUCUAAAUGAUGAACGAUGAACGUAAUGAAUGGUCUACAAUGAAAU